AUAAAUAAUAUAAUCCCAAAACCCAAACCCAAACCCAAACCCAAAUCCAAAUCCUAUGUAUUUAAAGUUCAUCCAUACAACGCCACCUUCUUUUUUGAUUCAAACGGCUGUGCCUCUUUUUGUUUUUAUAUACCCAAUUCCUAUGAAAAUCCCAACCCAAAACCCCAUGUAGUUACCCUCCUUUUUCAUAUUCAUCGUUUUUCUCAUGCCCCCCGGCCCCUUCCCUACUUCUGAUCAACUUUCAAUUUUUACCUCUAAAACUCUUUUAUAUCACCCAAACACAGACCGUGUGUUUCGAUAUUUAUUUAUUAGUUUUUGGUGUUUUCUCUAAACACAUGGAAGGAGAAGUUUGCUCUGUAAAUUCAUCCUCCCCAAAGAGGAAGCAACGGCACGAUCAGAAUCAUCUCCAACAACAAAAGCCUUACAGAGGAAUACGUAUGAGGAAGUGGGGAAAGUGGGUUGCGGAAAUCAGAGAACCCAACAAACGCUCCAGGAUUUGGCUUGGUUCAUACACAACCCCCGUCGCCGCCGCUAGAGCUUACGACACCGCUGUCUUCUAUCUCCGUGGACCCACCGCUCGACUUAACUUCCCAGAUUUGAUGUUCGAAACCGAUCAGCUUCACGACAUGUCGGCCGCCUCCAUACGCAAACGAGCCACCGAAGUCGGCGCUAGGGUUGACGCCAUCCAGACCUCUCUCCACGCCUCUAAUUCCGCCGGUACUCAAAUUUCCGAUAAGCCCGAUUUAAACGAAUACCCCAACCCUGAAACCUCAGACGACGAUUAAUCUCAAUUAAUAUCUCAUUCUCUACCGUUACAAGCAAAAUUACGAAAAAGAGUAUCCUUCCUCACAUGAUUAUCAUGAUUAAAAAGAAAAAGAAAAAGAAAAAACGGAACCACAAUGAUUCCGUUUUGUUCGGUUGUAGUUCUUCGAUUGUAACCGGCUUAUACAAAUACUUGAACUCUCUCCUAAUUUUGUAUGUUGGUUCUUAUUCGAAUUCAAUUUUUUUUUUCUUGUUAUUUCUGGUUAAUUAGUUUUUGUUAGCGCCGCCGAGGACGGUUAGUUCCGGUUACGCCCACCGGAGAAAUUUAGGAUAAGGGACAAAAAAAAAGUUCGGAGGGAGGGGGGACAACAAAUGGUGCACAUGACAUGCUUGUGGAGUCCACAACAAGGCACAAUGAAAAGAGAAGCCCAAUAUUAUGUGAGAGCGAGAGAAAGCGAUAUAUAAUAGUGGCCCUCUCAUAUAUUAGGUUUUUUUUCUCUUUUCUCUCUCUUUUUUCAAUUCGUCACUUGCCAUUGAAUUUCAUUUAAAGUGACGGCAACCGGAUCGCCGCCGCUCUCCGCUCUUGCCAAACCAAAAUUAAGGCCACUACUCCCGCCGUUGUCAAUAUGGUUGGGGUUUUAGUCUUCUCGUAUUAAAUGAAAUUCUUAAAUUCUAUCAUCUUAUCUAUGUAAUGAAUUAAAUUAAACAAUUGAUCGAAACUUUUGACUUU